AUGGCAAAUUCAAAGAAAAAUAGUAGUUGGCUAAUGUCAUCAUUUGAUUGUGAACCUAUUAAGAAAACACCGAAAAAUAAGCGUAAUAUUUCACAAGCAUUAGAAACUAGUGAUUUGCAAAUUUCAAGUGCUUAUGAUAUAAUUCCCAAGAGAAAAAAUACUGGUGGUUUAUCAAGAUUGUUAGAAGCUUGUGAACCACGUAUUCCUCCUGAAUUAGCAAUCAGCAAGCAAAAACGGCAAGAGAUCUUAGAUUGGUUACAAUAUAAAGUAAAAAAAGGCAGACCUGCUGUGUUAGUUUUAGCUGGUCCAUCUGGUUGUGGAAAAACAGCAGCUAUAAGAGUUCUUGCUAAAGAAAAUGGUUUCCACAUUACAGAAUGGAUUACUCCUAUUGACCAAAUUAUGGAUGAAAACAACAGAGUAAUGAGACAAGGAGAUAGAUUUGAAGAAUUUUUAAUUAGAGCUACUCGAUAUAGUUCAGUUUUACAUAAUUAUUCUAGUCGUUUACUACUUGUGAAAGAUUUUCCAAAUGUCUUUUAUACAGAUAAAGAGAGCUUCUUUUCUCUUUUGGAAAAAUACUUUGAAAUGGGAAGAGAACCAAUAGUCUUUAUAUGUUCAGAAGGAGGCCAUUCAAAAUUGCUUCAAGUAUUAUUUCCUCCUAAUAUAAGAGAAAAAUUUGGUAUUGAUUUAAUUAAUGUAAAUUCUGUUACACAAGCUGCAAUGAAAAAUGCAUUAAAAAGAGUAGUUGGUAUUUUAAAUUCAGUUGGUGGGCAUAUGUUACAUGUUUCACAACAUAAAGUUGAUGAAAUAUUAUCAAAUAGUAUAGGAGAUAUUAGAAAUGUUUUGUUAAAUCUUAUUUUUAUUUCAUUAAAAGUACCUGAAGAACAAAAACAUAAAUGUAACAUUCGAGAAGAGACUUUAGGGCUUCUUCAUGGCAUUGGACGAGUAAUUAAUCCAAAAAGAAUUCAAACUGAAGAUAAGUGGAAAUUUGCACACGAUCCUGACGAGAUAACAGCCUUUUUUCAAUCACAAGCAACAGUAUUUUUGAACUUUCUCCAAGAAAAUUAUUUAAAUACCAUAAAAGAAAUAGAGAAAGCAGAUGCUUGCGCAAAUAUUUUAAGUUUAGCAGACGUUUUAAAUUCUGAGUGGCGAGAUCCUAAUUUAGCUAAAAUUACGUUAUCGUAUUGUAUCCGAGGUGUAAUGGUAACAAAUGAAAAGCCAGUUUCAGGAUGGAAUCCAGUAAGAAAACCACCAAAUGAUCGAAUUGUUGUACAAAGAUGUCAAGCAAUAGCUGAAGUUAAAUGGUAUGAAUCUAUCAUCAAUUUAAAACCGAAAAAUACAAUAGAAAUGCCGAUUACUGAUAUCGAAGAAAUUAUUGAAUGA